AUGUGACACUACAUGUUUACGUCACCAAAAAUGGCAGACCAUCCAAGUAAGCACGAUAUCACUGCGAUCUUUAAGCGAUUAAGAUCCAUCCCGACCAACAAACAAUGCUUUGACUGUGGGAGCAGUAACCCCACCUGGGCCAGUAUUACAUAUGGAGUGUUCCUGUGUAUAGACUGCUCUGCAGUUCACAGAUCUCUUGGGGUCCAUGUGACCUUUAUUCGCUCCACUCAGCUAGAUACCAACUGGACAUGGCUACAGCUGCGGGCAAUGCAAGUAGGCGGUAAUGCAAAUGCAACUGCGUUUUUCCGUCAGCAUGGGUGCACCAGUUCGGACUCCCAGCAGAAGUACCACAGUCGAGCAGCCAGCUUGUACAGAGAUAAGCUUCACCAUCUUGCCACACAGGCCAUGCGUCUUCAUGGAACGCAGUUUUUCCGUGGGAAAGACGACAAAGCUUUUGGACAGGUUAACAUAGAUGCAAUUCUGCCUGAGAGUCCACCACCGGCAAAGGAUGUAGACUUCUUCAAAGAACAUGCAGAGAGCACAUUCCAAUCAGAGAUGAUCAGUGACACAGCCAGGCUCGUCAUCUCUGACCCUCAACCUAUUAAAAAUGGCAGCCUCUCCAAGACAGAAACAGCUGUAGACCCCAAUGAAGGUCCCAGUGUAGAAGCUGCCCUAAGUAUGUCACCAACACAGGCCCAGGCUCAGGCAGAGCCCAGGAAGACGACCAUUGGUGCACGCAGACCUGUUGGUGCCAAGAAAGGGAAAGGACUGGGUGCACAGCGUGUGAAGACUAAUUUCUCUGAGAUUGAGAGCCAGGCACAGGAGCAUGACAAGCAUAAGGAGGCCUUGGCUGCGGCCGAGAUACAGCAGAUGGCACAGACAAAGGAAGAGGAGGAGAAACGACAGGCCUCGAUGAGGUUGGCAUACAAAGACAUGGGCGCUGAGAGGAAAAAACAGGAAGAAAAAUUAAAAGUGUCAGAUCCAAAGAAGGCUGCUCAGAUGGAAAGGCUUGGCAUGGGAUUUACAGGGUCCAGGGAAAUCAGCCAUUCUGCUGUAAGUGACAUGCAGACGAUAGAACAGCAGACGCCUAGUGGGCGUGAGCCUAGCCGUUACGACAACUCCUACAGAGAGCGACAGUCUUCACGUAACAGGGACUUCUUUGAUGACGAGUUUGAGAUGAUAGGUGGCUUUAGUUCAGGACCCCCGAGAUAUAAUGAUGGCCCGUUCAGUUCUAACAAGCGAGAUGACUAUGGAAGUUGGAGUGGCAAAUCCAAUUCUUCCUGGGAUAUGGACCGAUUUGACAGCAAACAGUCUAGCUACUCAGAGACGAUAUCCUCCAAAGAUGAUGACAGGCAAAGUCGGAGCAGAAAGACAUACUCAGAGACUUCCACAUCUGAAGAUGCUCAGAAGAAAUUUGGAAAUGCAAAAGCAAUCUCAUCAGCUGCCUAUUUUGGUAACAGUGACCCAGAUUUUGAAACGAAACAAAACCUAAGUAAGUUUGAGGGCAGUACAGGUAUAUCCAGCUCAGACUUCUUUGGUAACGGUGCUGAGAGAGGCCGCAGCGGGGAUUACGGGAGCGGUGGGCCUGAUUUAGCUGAGAUUAAGGAGGGGGUCAAGCAGGGAGUGACCAAAGUAGCCGGCAAGCUCUCCAGUUUGGCCAAUGGCAUGAUGAACUCUCUACAGGAUCGCUACGGCAGUUGAAGACUUACAGGAAUUAGACCAGGAGAUCUCUCAUGCAUUAUAGUCUACGCGAAGAAGAGGAUUGUCUCUGCUGAGGCUUUUGUCACUAUACUGAAAUAAUGCAUUCUUUAGUUUGAACGUGUAAAUACGCUAAUGUUUCUUUUAUCUUUAUCAAAGUUGUACAUGUAUGGUGGCAGUGCAGCUGGUGCUUACAACCGCCAAACAUGCUGGUAAUUGUGAUGUGGUCAAAUCUAUCGUGAAUUAUGAAUGGUAUCAAAUCAUCAAGAUCGCUGUGCCAAGUGCUCAUGAACCAGAUGUCUUGGCUGUGGAACAAACAAACCCACAUGGCUAACUAUACAUACCACUGGAACCCUCACCAGUCUUGCACAAUUAGCAAAUUUUCAUGCGUUUUAUAUGAAUCUUAAUGACAAGUGAAAUAGUUACAGGGACUUCGAAAACUUCGAAAGUCGAAAACUUAGAAAAAUACAGACGAGAAUAAAAAACAAAAACCAAGUGGAAUCAUGCUACAAUGUUAUAGCAUGAGCAUAAAUAACCAUGUGCUUUUGUUUGACCCAUGUAUGACCUGUAGUGCAGAUCUGUACGGAUGCACCAGAUGAAACUGCUCUCCUGUUCAUUCUUUCCGUGGCCAGCAUUAUUGUAACAGGUUAAGUUUAAAAUGUUCUGAGACCAGAAUUGGCAAGUUUCUCACCAGUGUUUUGUUUACAUCCAACCUGUGCCUUUAUUGUUUAAUCUUUCAGAACUUUAUUAAAAUCAAGCGGCUGAAGGAAUUUUGGUUUUGAACAUCUGUAGUGAUAAGUCAAAUUUUCUUUCUCUAGAAGACUUGUGUAUAACAUAAAGGGAAUCUCCUUGUAUGUAGUGAUUUCUUAUCAUGAGUGUGUUUACGUGUUACUAUAUAUACAGUCAUAUAUUUAUGUUUAAAAAGGUCUGGCUCUUGGGGGAAUUGGUUUGUAUGGCACCAUAUAUGUCUGGCUGAGAAGACAAGGUUUGAAAUGUGUUCAGAGGUGAAAGCAUUGGUAAUCAGUCUGUACAGAAAGUCGGUCCUCAUAUUGUAGAGCUUAUCAUGUCAAACAAGUUUGUGAUGCUGUUUAUGAUGGUAUCUCUAGCCAAAAUAGUCCAUACUGAUCAAGAUAUUUGUUUUGCAAUUAUACAAUAUUUGCGAAUGACCAUAUUAAAAUGGAAUUGAU